AUGAUUGUGACUACCUGUGGGUUAAGGAUGGGCUCUAAUCCAACAAUCUUAACAACUUAUCCCUCACAGAAUUUUGAUGAAAUUGCAGUUCAUCAUGUCUCGGGAAAAGCCGAUGGACCAACUGAUGAGGCCUUACCAGGCACCAGAGAGAAAAGUACAAGGCAUAGAAAUGGAAAUUAUGAGAGACUGAGUUCAAGAUUCUUUUUAGGUAUUUCUCAGAAGAAACAAUUGUAG